CAGUCGCACCAGCGAGCGUCCAGCCGGCGGGGCAGCGUCUGCGCUUGUCCCAGGAGGGACCUGGCAGCGGGGAAAGAAGGGCCAGGGCCUGUGUCCCUCCUCUAGAGCCUCCCCGUCAUCUGGACGACCCCGAGCUGCUGCACGGGCUUCCGACUUCUCCCUUCAGUAGACGAUUAGAGGGCGCAGCGGCCUCCGGAGACAAGCCCCUCUCGCCCACGCCCGUCGGUCACAACCUUCCAGGACCCGAGAGGAGCGCCGCCCGCCGCGAACUUUCCUCAGGGCAGGAGGACUGCCCAGCUUCUGGCGAGAUGGGCAGCGCUCCAAAAAAGCACAAACAAUGGAAGGAUGGACACCACUGCGUGCAUUGAAAGCAUGUUGAAAGGAAAAUAAGAAAGCCAGGAAUCUCAGUAUGAAUCCGUCGAGAUCGAGAUCGGACGAUGGUAGUGAAGAAGCCUCAUCUCGAGCCCAUGAUCGUCAUGAAAGUGAGAGAAGACGGCAGCAAGAGCGCCUCCACAGAGAAGAAGCCUAUUAUCAGUUUAUUAACGAACUCAGUGAUGAAGAUUACAGGCUAAUGAGAGACCACAAUCUUCUAGGCACCCCUGGAGAAAUAACAUCAGAAGAACUACAGCAGAGAUUAGAUGGAGUCAAGGAACAAAGAGCAUCUCAGCCUGACUUGAGAAGUGGGACAGAUACCAGAGACUCAGAAGUCCCUAGAGAAAGUUCAAACGAAGAUUCUCUGCUAGAAUGGUUGAACACGUUUCGACGCACGGGAAACGCAACCCGAAGUGGACAAAAUGGGAACCAAACUUGGAGAGCUGUGAGUCGAACAAACCCAAACAGUGGAGAGUUUCGGUUUAGUCUGGAAAUCCAUAUAAAUCAUGAGAAUAGAGAAAUUGAAAUUCAUGGCGAAGAUCAGACAGGCAUUCCACUUUCAGAUUUUGGCAGGGAUCGUACUACAAAUAGGCAACAGAGGUCAGCCAGUCCUGUGGCUAGGCGAACGCGAAGCCAAACCUCCAUGAAUCACAGUGGUAGUAGCUCCAACAUCCCAAGGACUAGGCUCGGUUCAAGGGGGCAGAAUUCAGCAGAAGGAUCUUUCUCAACAUUGGGAAGAUUAAGAAAUGGCAUUGGGGGAGCAGUUGGCAUUCCUAGAACGAGAGCUCCGCGUGCUGAUUUCGGUAGUCACGCAAACCAGUUGGGUGGUAGUGAACUCAGGCAGAGGGAGGGGCAACGGUUUGGAGCAGCACAUGUUUGGGAAAAUGGGGCUAGAACUAAUGUUACAGUGAGGAAUACAAACCAAAGAUUAGAGCCAAUAAGAUUACGGUCUGCUUUCAGUAGUCGAAGCCGCUCACCAAUUCAGAGACAAAGUGGCACUGUUUAUCGUAACUCACAGAGAGAAAGUAGACCUUUACAGCAAAACGUCAGAAGGUCUGUUAGGAGGAGAGGUAUAACGCGUGUCUUUUUAGAGCAAGAUAGGGAACGUAGAGGUACUGCCUAUGCUCCAUUCUCUAACUCCAGACUUGUGUCAAGAAUAACAGUAGAGGAAGGAGAAGAAUCUAGCAGAUCUUCAACUGCUACACGACGACAUCCAACAAUCACACUGGACCUCCAAGUGAGAAGGAUUCGUCCUGGAGAAAACAGAGAUCGGGAUAGCAUUGCAAGUAGAACUCGAUCUAGGGUAGGGCUAGCGGAAAAUACAGUCACUAUCGAAAGCAAUAGUGGGGGCUUUCGCCGAACUAUUUCUCGUUUAGAGCGGUCAGGUGUUCAAACCUAUGUUAGCACUAUCACAGUUCCUCUGCGGAGGAUUUCUGAGAAUGAGCUUGUGGAACCGUCAUCAGUGGCUCUUCGGUCCAUUUUAAGGCAGAUCAUGACUGGAUUUGGAGAAUUGAGUUCUUUAAUGGAGGCCGAAUCUGAGUCAGAGGUUCCGAGACAUGGUCAGCAUUUACCAGAGAGGCACUCAGAUCCGAGCACCGUAGGUGCAGUUAAUGACAUCAGCCAGCACAGUGAAGGUUCCUCUCAAAACAGGCGGGCCCGAGAAGACAGCUCUGAAAUGCGUGGUGAAAACGAGACUCCCCGGCCUCCCGCCCGAAACAGUGAUAGCAGAGGUGGCCGGCAGUCGCGAAAUUCAAAUAACUUAGUUGAAACUGGAACACUACCUAUCCUUCGCCUUGCUCACUUCUUUUUACUAAAUGAAGGUGAUGACGAGGAUCACAUACGUGGUUUAACCAAAGAGCAGAUUGACAAUCUUUCCACCCGGAACUAUGAGCAUAGCAGUAUCGAUAGUGACCUAGGCAAAAUCUGUAGUGUUUGCAUCAGUGACUAUGUGACUGGAAACAAGCUCAGGCAAUUACCUUGCAUGCACGAAUUUCACAUUCAUUGUAUUGACCGCUGGCUCUCAGAGAAUUGCACUUGCCCCAUCUGUCGGCAGCCUGUUCUAGGGUCCAGCAUAGCAAACAAUGGGUGAAGCGUUGGGUCUGUUCAAAUAGUACAUUUUAGUAGAGCUGAGUAUUUAAGCACCCUUUUGUUGAAUCCUUUGUGAUGAGCUAACCAGGAUGAAAAAGAACAGAUUAUUAUAGUUUGCACUAUUUUUUGUGUGCUUUUUUAACUUGUUAAAAAGAAAAUUUAUAUGAAACUUAAAAUGGCAAACGUUAAAUUAUCGACAAGUACAGAAUAGUCAAUAUUGCUAGAACCAAAUAAUCUUUAAAAUGUUCUUAUUUUGGUAAUUUCGUCAUGCUAAGCACUUUUGUAUCUGCAUAAUUCAGUAGGUUAACAAUCAAUCUUCCUUUUCUUAAUAGCACAGCAGACUUUAUGUGGACUUUCAACUUCCAUAGGCUUAGUGCCAUGUCCAGACAAUGGUGUCUAAAUAAGCCUUUCGUUAACUUUUUAUUGUAAGGACAAUAUCUUUUCAUGAGAGAGUGUUUGGCUGAAUGUUUGCUCUAUAUAUUUAAGUUACUUGAAAUGUUAAAUUUAAUAUGCAGCAUACCAUAUAUGUAUAUAUAGAUAUAUAAUUUUAAGGGUAAAAUAUUCCGUCUAAAAACUACCAGUUUGGUUCUUAUUUAAGCUUUUGGGCUAUUACUGCAUAUGGCACAAUGUGUAACAUUUACAGGAUCAUCUCUGGGAGGAAGUAGAUAUUUAAAAAUAGAGAUAAUUUACUGAAGCGUCUCUGACAAUCUUACUAGACAGCAGGCAAUAUGUAAUACUGAACAAGUAUUUCUUUACUCAGAAAUGGAACAUGGACAUUUUAGUACAUAUAGAUUAUUUAACUUGAGUUCGGCCUUUUUGUGACUUGUUUGAAUGUGCAAACAAUUCUUUGGAUUAUAUUAAGUAAGGUAUACAGAUAUGCAUGGUUUCUCAAAUUUACUUUUAAAAUCUAAAAAAAAAAAAAAAUGUCUAUGAAGAAUCAAAUGCAUAGAUAAUGUGUUAAGUUUACUUGGAGGCCAAAAACUCCAAAUAAUACAAAACAAAAAACCCUUAAGAGAAUGUGGAAUUUAUAUGAACACGAAGUAUGCAUUGAAGAUCUAUUUCUACCAAUAAAUAUUAAAACAAA